GUCACAGGCUCGUGCCGCGUGACGUGAGCCCGCGCGGCCGAGACCCGAGAGCGAGCGCGAGAGCCCCCAUGUGAGUGCGACCACCCGAGCAAUCCCCACCACGCGUGCCCAGCCAAGCGCACUAGCGCGCACAGAUCGGAGCGGGGGGAGGUGGGGAGGGAGAGAAAAAUCCCCGGAAGCUCCCGCGGCCCGGAGCUGAUCAGAUCCCUCGCCGGAGGAAUGGCGGCGGUGGCCGCGCCCGCGGCCGAGGCGCAGGCGCAGGCGGAGGAGCCCUCUCCUCCCCGCCCGCCGCCCCCCGAGAAGCGCGCCGCGCCGACGGACGCCGAGGAGGGGGAGGAGCGGCCGGAGCCGAAGCGGCGGCGCGCGCGCGUGGCCGCGCUCGAGAAGGUCCCCAGCGCGGCGGCGGCGGCGGCUGCGGCUGCCGCGGCGGCGAGCGAGGAGGAGGAGGACGACGGGUUCUCGUUCCUCGCGCGGAGCUUCUCCGGGGUGGAGACGACGCCCAAGUUCGGGUCCUUCAACCCCGCCGCCGCCCAGUUCGUGGCCUUCCACCUGGCGUCCCCGCCGCCCCUGGUCGACCCGGCGGAGGAGUCCCCGCCGGUGGCGGUGGGUGGGGACGGGGAGGAGAAGGGCAAGGACGGCAAUUCACACUAGCGCGGGCAGCAGAGGGGUCCCGUCUACGAUUGCUUGAUUUUGAGUUAGGCAGCGGGGAAUUCACCUUCCCCGAACCUCUAGUUCGUUGGACAGAGCACUUCGCCGAUUUCGCUUGUGUUUACCACUUCUUUUCUUCUGCUCCAUUCCACUGCUCCCUUGUACAUCAGUGAAUCCUGUAGCCUUGUACUGAUACGAUUAGCGAAUAAAGACUGAUUUUUUUGGUUGA